AUGCCAUUCACUCCAAAAACACCAUUUCCAUCCAUUAACUUUCCACCAACAAGCUCGGAUUUUAAAAAGAUCGACACUUUGGCAAAUUACGAGCUGCCGGAAAAGUAUAGAAGACCAGUAGAACACAGAAUUUUUGUUAAUCGUAGUGUCAAUCUAGAUCAUAUUGAAUAUUAUGGAUUUGAUAUGGACUAUACAGUUGCUAAUUAUAUUUCUCCAGUGUACGAAUCCACCUGUACAAAACUCAUCCUCCAAAGACUUGUUGAAAGCAAAGGUUACCCAUCAGAGAUUCUUCAAAUCAACUAUGAUCCUUCCUUUGCUGUGCGUGGAACUUUUCUUGACAAGCGAGAGGGUAACAUUCUCAAAGUUGAUCAUUUCGGCUUUGUCCUUCAAUGCGUUCACGGCAAAAAGAUCAUUAAAAAGGCUGAGUUUGAAAAGAUGUAUCCUGAUCAUCUCAUUCACCCUGAUGAGGAAAUGGGAAGAAGAUACUUUUGCUAUGACACUUUGUUUGGCAUUCCUGAAGCCAGUCUUUAUGCUUCCUUGGUAGAUUAUUUCGAACAAACCAACUUUUUAUCAAAGAGCGAGGCAGGAGGUGGUAGUCCAACAACCUCGGACGAAGAUAUUGAAUCACCUCAAAAUGGCAAUGAAGCAAAACUAAGUUACUGGUCACUGUUUGAUGACAUCAGAGAAACAUUCCACUCGAUCCAUAGUGACAACACCCUUAAAAAUACCAUAAUGGCAGACCUUCCAAAAUACGUGAAGAAAGAUGAGAGACUUCCACUUCUUUUCCACAGAAUGAGACAGGCAGGAAAAAAGAUUUUCUUAUUAACAAAUUCUGAAUAUUUCUACACCAAUGCUGUAAUGGGUUACUUAUUGGACAAAUCCAUCGAUGGAUAUGAUAGAUGGACCGAUUUCUUUGAUAUUGUCAUCACCAAUGGACAAAAACCCAAGUUCUUCAGCAGCGAAGGUACUACCCUUAGAGAAGUUGACCAAGCUACUGGACGUCUCAAAUUGUCAGCAGUGCAAGGAUUCAAGAAGGGCAGUGUUUACUGUGGUGGUUCUUUCUCACUUUUCAAAAAAUUCACCAAGACCAAGGGUUCAGAAGUGAUGUACGUUGGAGAUAAUAUUUUCCAUGAUAUUAUUGUGACCAAACAAAACCGAUGUCUUUGGAGAACACUCUUGAUUGUAAGAGAGGUUGAAGAGGAGACCAAACAUUGGAUGACAAAUAGAUCUGCUGACAUUUGGAGUCAACUUAACACUCUAGAAUAUAUUAGAGCACAGAGUUUCAAGGAUCAAGACUCUUCACAACCAGUCGAAAAAACCAAAAUCAAAUCUGAAGACGAAGACGAAGAAGAUGGAAAUUUCCCAAUCAAGUAUCAGAUCAAGAAGGCCCAAGAAAAUUUGAAUGCACACUUUAAUCCUUACUUUGGUAGCGCCUUUAGAAGUGGUACAAGAGAGUCCUACUUUUGUACACAGGUGCAACGAUAUGCAGACUUGUAUUGCAGUGACAUGGUGUUGCUAUUGUACUAUCCAUUCAAUUACUAUUUCUCUCCAAUUCCCACUCUUUUACCUCAUGAAAGAGAGGCUCUCUAUCAAUUUGAAAAGAGUAUUUCUCAAUAA